GAGUACGGAAGUCCUUCUCCUCCGGUUUUGUCGGGCGAAGUUAAUAGAGCGUUUUACCUUUCGCAGCUCGUGGGAACUUCAAACUCUUGCCUUCUGUUGUUCCUGGCAGCAGACAGGCCUCAAGGGUGAGUAGUCUUACGAUCAGAGCGUUCCGCUUGUAACGGAUACAUCAACAAGACCCUGUCUUGUCAAGUGGUCAGUGAUCUGAUCUUGCUCAUUUUAUGCUUGCUCGCUUUUUUCUCGAUAAUUCUACUGAUUUAAGCAGUCAAAGGUUCGUUUAAAUUCUGGUGAAAGUAAAAGCGUAAGCAUCUUAUUUCAGGGAGAAAGAGAACUUUUGUUUUAGGUACUUCCGUGUAUAGUAUAAAUGCUUAACUGCAAAUCCAAAAACCGUCAGAUCGAUCGAAUACAUUAGGAUUAAAAGGGAUUAUGGCUGGAGUGAACAUCGAUGUACGCUUAUUGAGUCUACCAACUCCCAGUAAUUUCUCAGUGGUUUUAGGUUCUAGCUCGUAGAACACUUUGCUUUUAGGUACAUUUUAAUAUUAUCAGACACACCAAAUCAUGCUUAUUAUAAUAUCCGUCAUCAAUUUCAUGUCAAUAUUCCUCUCCUCGAUUCCUAAGCAACAGUCAGCAGUGGACUGUUUUAUCAGUUAUGCCGAGACAAGUAAGUGAUUUUUCAGUAUAAAGCUAACUUGCUAAGAAAAAAUUGUUGAAUUUAAUACAGUUUGCCUUUUUUUUUGUAUUUCCUAAAGGUUGUUACCUCAGAGUGCCAAAUGCCUCAAUAUGUCCAUCAACCACCAGCAGGUUUGUAACCCAAAUUUGCUCAUGAUCCCUUACUUGCCAGCUACAAUUAAUUAUGAUGUAAAUGUUUAUCUUCCAAGUACAAAACUGAAAGUUUUCAGUUCGUUUGUACUGAAAACUGUUACCUGGACUAACUUGUACUUUUGACACGCUCAAAGUAGUACAGCGGAACACCGUUAAUAUGGCCACUAUUGGGCCCAAAAAAAUUGGCCUUAUUAACAAGGGUUUUUUUACAAGAAAAUAUAUGGCGGUUUUUGCCAGGCAGCCAAAAAAAGUGGCCUUAAGGCGAAUUUCCACUGUAGUAUUUUGAGUUUCAGGAUUUCAUAACUGAAGUAUUAACAGUUGGCGUUUAGAGAUCCUGCUACAAGAUCAGGAUACAACAAAUGCCGUCACUGGUAGUUUCUCUUCUGUCAAAUUGUCAAUUCCCAGAAACUUUGUGGCUUUAUUAAACCAUGCAUGAAAGCACUAAAUUUUAACGUGUUGACUAAAAUGAUGUUUCUUGGAAAAUAGUAGCGCAGCUACUGAUUUCGUAGCAAAGAAGUAACUUCUUGAUAUUUUUGGGGGAGAAUCUUGUAAAUUACACCCUAUGUUCAGGGUUGUCACCAAGAUUUCAAGCUUCUCGUUAAAACAACAAGUAGGUGGGGAGUCAAACAGGUAUAUGGGACUUUCUGUUGGUUCUGUUUUUCUUCUAUUUUUUUGUGAAAGUACAUGUAGCAGAAGGUCAACUUCAAAGUAACUGGGGGAAAUCCCUGUCCCUAAUGAUAGCACUGGGCCCAGGUGUUCAAAGGCUGAUUAGCGCUAACUCAGGUUAAAGUUUUUGCCCUGGUUUCUUUUUCUUUUGUUCAAAUGCAUUUUCCCGGGUGAUUUUUUCUAUUCUUUUUAGAGCAUGCAAUCAUCAAAUUGUAGACAAAAAGAAUAAAACUGAAUUUGAUUUGUGAGCUUUCAUAUCUGAAUUCAAAUUUUGAGUUAACCCUGUGUUAUCUUAACCCUGCUUUGAACAACCCAGCCCAGAAUAUUAGCUUAAAGCUCACAGAGUAUUCAAGGAGCCACAGAAAGCUUAAAGCUGGUUUUUGUUAGCAGUUGAGUCAUAUGUGGAAUCCAAAGACUACCUUAUUUUUAUGUACAAUGUUGUAAAAAUCAAAACUUGGAGUCAUAAUUAUAAGUGAAGUUAUAAGCUCGAUGGAAUCAGGGUUGGUAGAAUCAAACAUUUCCAUUUUCUUCUGAUUGCAUUUAUGAUUCUAUUUCUUAUGAUCUAGUGAAAACCUGAAUGUCAGAGUCAGCAACAGAAGUGUAAGAAUAAACCGAUUACAAAACUUUUUCCCCCACUUAAUGAUUGGUUUGAUUCUUCCACUUCUGCUUACAACUCUGACAACCUAGUUUUCACUAAAUUAAUGUAAGUUACCAGUUGCGUCUUGGUUUCUGUACGUGACAUGAUUCACAUCUUACAAGAGGUUGGUAACUUACUUUUGCGCAGUAUUGUAAGUAUUGAACCUUGUUUAACAGGCAAACCUGAGGCUUAUAGGAGAGGCCACCUGUAACAUUGUCAUUUGCAGCUUAGGUUUAGAUAGUAAAAUAUUAAAUUACCAUCAGUCUGUCACAUAAGGGUAUCAGCUGUACUUUGUGUGUGUGCCAAUAGCACUUUCCACUAUUACUAAAAAUAGGUCUUGUGCCCCCGGCAUGACUCAGACAAAUUUUGCAUUCUGCUUGUACUCAAAGGCUUUGUAUAGACAACAUGCAUUUCUGACAUGAAUAAAAUUCACAGUGAAUGUUUUUUAACUGUUCUCUCAGCUUUAUUUUAAUAUUUGCAUGGGUAAUAGGGAGUAAAACCUGUUCCAAGUAACUCAAAUAAACAGCUAAAAUCAGAAAAUAAACAGACCUGGUCAAAUUAGAUCCAUAGCCCUGCAGCCUUAGUCAGAUAGCACUGAAACAUGACAUAACAUUUCUGACUGUGUUAUCAUCCAAAACCACAGAUGCUAAAUCGAAAAUCAAGUUUGUAUGUGUUUUUCGCAAGCCUGUGGCAGUAUUUCUGAGCUGUAAAGCGCACCAACAUAAGCACAAACUGGAAAUUGUAUAAGUUUAAAAUGGUUGUUAUGUGCAGCCAUACAGUUUUUUAUAUCCUACAGUAGUGUAAUACCUAGCGUUGCCUUUGCACUCAAAAAUUAAUAAAAAUGAGCAUCCUUUACUUUUAAUUUUAACCAAACUACAUUUUUAUGAACAGCUUUGGUGCCCUACUCAGUUUGUACAUUAUUUUCUUAGUGAAACACCAUAACUUACCAUAAGGGUAAAGACACUGUAUUAGGAAUAAGAUCACUCAUCUGUACAGUUAUGUCCAUAUUUAACAUAGUCUUAGCACACGUUAAUUAUUUUCAGGAUAUUUAAUCAUUUCCAAGCUGGAUUUUACUUCUUUUGACAAUUUGAAAAAUCUUCAAAGAUGAUGUAAAUUUGCAGGUAAACAUACCGUGCGAGCAGUGGUUUCUCUAGGCUGGACACUAGCGUCCGGCGUGGAGAAACCACUGCACGCCGAGUAAGGUGAACACAACUUUCCCAUAGAAAAUUUGAUCAGGUUCAAUGUCUAAGUCACAGUAGGGACCAGAAAUUUGUGACAUCAUUAGUGCAAAAUGCUUUUUAAUGUUGCACUGAGCCUUUCUUAUCUACAUGUAGCAUGCAACAUAAUAGAUACUGAAUACUAAAUGUGUUUGCAUAGGAUACACCAUGGCCAACAGGAACUGAAGUGGUUGGAAAGUAUGAAUUUAGAGGGCGAACACGUGAGGUAGGUUUAUCAAUGGAAAUCCAAAUCUUUGAUGCAGAGUGGAGCCUCAGUAAUUAACCCUGUUAUCCCUAUAAAUUUUCAACAGAAGUAGUGGGGAGAAUUUGAUGAAGUGUCAAUUAGAUUCAUCUUGUGUGAUCGUAUCCUUAAUUCUCAUGACCACUCUGUUUUAUAAAGCAGUGAUAUUACAAGGAGGAAUUUCAUGCUGAUCAUUCUUAUGGCUUAAAGGGUUAAAAUAAACAACUAUAGAAGGAGCAACUCGGUGAAACAAAUGACAACCUUUGUCCCAAUUGUUCAAAAUGUGGAUGGGGCUAUACACGGAAAAAAUCUCUAUCCAGUGGAUAGUGCAAUAAGUUUGCCUAAUUCUUAUCCGCUGGGUGGGGUUGCUUCCUUGUUUUUUAAGUUUAUGACUUAGUUAGAGGAUUACUUGCCAGGCCCCUGCUCAUUGGGCAAGGGAGCAUAAAAGGUUACUUGCCAGGCCCCUGCUCAUUGGGCAAGGGAGCGUAAAAGGUUACUUGCCAGGCCCCUGCUCAUUGGGCAAGGGAGCGUAAAAGGUUACUUGCCAGACGGUAAAAUCUUCUCGUUUUAGACAUUUAUGCAACAGAACUUUUUUGAAGCCCUGAUUAGUCCAUGGCAACUGAUUUUUGCCAGCCAGUGGUGUUUUUCACAUGUGAUUUCUAUCUGUUCUUUAAUAUGACAGUGUGUAAUGUGAAUGUGAUGUGUUAAAAUUUCUCUCACUAGGAUCUUCCAUUCAGGAAGGGUGAAAUAUUGCUUAUUGAGAGCGUUACUCGGGUAAGUUGCAUUGUCAAGAGUACCAACACUUGUACAAUUUAUAAUAAUAUUAUUGCGGGCAACAAGCAGAGCCCACAAUUCUAAUCUUCAGGUUGAUAUUACGCUUGCUUGGUAUGUACAUAGCCUCUCUUAAUUUGGACUUUCAUUAAGAAUGAAUGGACUAUAUCACAUGAAACGUAUACAAAGCACCAGGGUAAGAGCAAAAGGGUUUUGACAUUCAAACAGAAGCUUGAAACUCGCCUGCACUCUCUUACCUCUGGUUAUUACCAGUUAUAACCUGUUUCACUGUAAAAUGUACUAACUGAACACAUCAGGUAAUAAAAGAAAUGCUAUGAAAAUUUCCAAAUAAGUGCGUACCAUCUGGUGUAUAGGUACUGGUUAAUUACCUUAACCCAUACAUACACAUGUAAAUGGUAGAAAAACAGGCAGACAAAGCUUAGAGAGAUAACUUUGAUGACCUUGGGCUGAAUUUUGUUGGCUUACUGAUUUGACUAAUGAUUUCUCUCCAGGACCCUAACUGGUACAGAGCAAAAAACGCUAAAGGACAGAGAGGAAUGAUUCCGUAUAACUAUGUUAAAGAGAAAUUAGCUAAGGGAGCUGUGAAGCUGGAUGCAAUGCCGUAAGUCUGGCAUCAUUUCUUCUAAUUUAUAGUACAGUGUACCUUGCCCAGGUGAAGUUGAUAUAUUGCUUAAACAUUCUUUAUUAAUAUUUUAGUAGUAUUUGACACCGAACAUUGUUUCAGGCAAAAGUUCAUUUGUAUGUGGUCCUGAUUUCAGACCUUAAUGGGCAGAGCUUACUUGUUUUCAGACCAAAACAGCUCAAAACUACUCCUUUUGAAGUGGAACAUAGUUUAUUAGGUUAUAUAUGUGAAAAUAUCCCCCCGUGUGUCUAUCUAAGGCAGCUUUUCUUUUGAAUGUUUGGUGUCAGACGGACAAUCUGUCUCUAAUCUAAUAAGAACAGCCAUCAGUAAGUUCAUGUGAAGCUCUAUGUGCACUGUGAGGCGGAUUUCUGUCUUAUACAUGAGUGGACUGAGAGUUGGCUGUGUGGAGUUCAAGAGAAUUUUUUGUGAGAGACUUUCUAACAACUUACAGCAAAUUAUUCUUGUGUAAAAUUUCAGGUGGUUUCAUGGCAAGAUCUCACGAGAUCAGGCUGAACAACUGUUAGAGCCAGAGCAUAAAAAGGGAUUGUUUUUGGUCCGAGAAAGCCAGAAUUUUCAAGGAGACUACACCCUUUCUGUUUGGUAUGGUUUAAGUAACAGUUACUAGUCACUGUUUAUCAUGAGGGGCAUGAACAUUAUUGUUAAAGCAACCACCCGGUUACGGGUGGCUCAGGGGUGAAUGGGUUAAAUCACUUACCGCCAAGAAUCUUUAAAAACAAAUUAUUCAAAACUUUCAAGCCUCAUUUGGUAAAAUUCUGUAGAGUGAGAUUUCAUCUAAAGCUGAAGACCAGCAGCUCAUUGGCACCUACCUUGUAGAAUAAAGACAAGCAAAAUUGUUACUGGUUGAAAGUGCUACCAAAGAGGUUUCUUUACACCAAAAGACUUUGGUAGUACUUGAUAGGGCUGCAAUGAUACAUUUUCUCACAAUACAAUACAUAUCUCGAUACAGGUGCCACGACACGAUACACAAAACGAUACUUCAUGCCGGUUCUAAUUCAGCUUUUCCACAACAUGAGAAGACAUUUUCCAACAAACAGCGUAUUUUACCUGUAGGAACGCAAGACUGUGUCAGCUGGCAAAUAAAUUGAACCUACGCAAUGUAUGCAUGCAUUUGUGUUGCCAUCUUGAAAAAUACAUCUUGGAUCGGAAGGAUGCAAAGCUAUACAUAGCAAGGAUUGGAACUCACUUGUCCCUUUCUUUAAUAAAUAGCUAUAGAAGAGUUUGGACUUGCGUAAGGAGUCAUUAAACACAGUGAAGGGUUAUAAUAUCAUGAUAUCGUGAUAUGUUGUUCAAAUAUCAAAAUUCGUAUCGUGGCAAAAAAUAUCGUGGCUCACCAGUCAGGGUGCAAAGAAAGUAAUUUUUACAGCCUGCCAUUCUGGCAAGCUGUAGCUAGCAUGUACUAGCCCACAAGUCAUUUCAACUAGCCCUAAAACUCUUUUUGAUUAGCUGGAUUGAUUACACUCCUUGUGUAAUUUGAAUUUCCCCCAAAAACAGAACUUGCCCAUCAGGCAAGUUAAGAACAAAAAUCACUAGCCCGAUAGCAAAAUCCACUAGCCCCGGCCUAUCGGACACGACUUUCUUUGGAAAUCUUUGCACGCUGCCAGUGCACUGGUGUAUCAUUGCAGUACCAUGUACUGGUACUAGAAACGUUCAUACUUCUGGUAAUACAAUGACACCAUUAUUGACUUAAGAAUAAGAAAGGUUGAAUGUCUUUCCAGCUCUUUUACUACUACAGCUGUUUGUGUCUGUUAUAAAAUGCUUGUGCAUGGCUCUUUUACUAGAAAUAACAAAGCUUUUUUUUUACAUGUAUUCCAACCAGCACUGGUUCAAAGGUUGAUCACUACAGAGUAAGAUACACUCAUGACAAUAAGCUUACUGUGGACGAUGAAACCUUUUUUGAAAAUCUCACAAAACUUGUACAGGUAGGUGAUAAUGUUGAAAAACAACAUUCCUGAGUUACCAGUGGUACUUGGAGUACUGUAUUCUUUCAUCUUACAAUUACCGUCAACGCAGCUGCCAAUAAGCAUGUACACCACAUUUAGAAGCUCGAAGUUGUAAAGAAAAUACUCUUCUGAAGAAUUUGUUGCUGAGUCAGAAAAAAGUUCAGACUUUUUCCUUAACCCUUUAAGCCCCAAUAUCCACAUACAAAUUCUCCAAACUGAUCUCUAUACCUUUCCUUUAAGAAUUAGUUAAGCUGUAAGAGAAUUUGAUAAAAGAUCAAAGUAUUUUCUCUUAGGUGAUCAUUUUAUUAAUUCUCAUAACCUAAUCUCAUGAUAAUGUAUAGAUAUCAUUAGGAGAAAAUUGCUGUUGGUCACUAUUGGGACUUAAAGGGUUACUGAAUGCACAUGUACGUGUAGUUACUUGAGCAGAAUGUAUAUCACCAGUGCCUACAACGACUCAGUGCUGCAUCCUAAAUGUGUUACUUAACUUGCUCAUGCAUCUUAAGCCCCAAAUGCAAAAGGGCCCGAAAAGUGGUAAUUAUAGAAAAAAAAAAAAUUAUAGAAAAUAUCACAGAAAAAGGUGGAAGCUUUGCUCCACUGUCCAUUUAUAUAGAAGCACAUAAGUAAGAGAGAGAGAUGCCAUUUUUAAUGUUGUUUCCUUUAAUAGCAUUAUGAACACGAUGAAGAUGGUCUUUCUACAAGACUCGCGCAUCCUUUACAAAAGCAAGGCAAAUUUGAUUUUUCUGUUGAUCCCGAAUCAUUCAAAAAAGGUUUGUACAUGUGAUGUUAGCAUCUUGCUGUUCAUUUUGAGUCUGCAAAUUAUCCAAUGUAACUCACUUUCUUUCUUCUUCUUCUCCACUCACAAAAGCAAUUUAAACACUGGUGCAGGUGAAGUUUCAGCGGGCACAGAAAGUACUGUCCGAUAGCCUAGGGCAAGUGGAUUUUGCUAUCGGGCUAGUGAAUUUCUGUUUUUAACUUGCCCAACGAGCAAGUGAUGUUUUUUGAGGAAUUCGAAUAACAGAAGUACUGUGAAAUCAAUUCUGCUAGUCAAAAAGUUUUGGGGGCUAGUUGAAAUGACGUCUGGGCUAGUAAAUUCUAGCUUUAGCUUGCCCAAAUGGCAAGCUCUAAAAAUGAUUUUCUUUGCACCCUGAGUUUAUAACCAUUUCAGAAUUCAAUUUAUUGGGUACUAGAUGUUAGGAUAAUAGUAAAACCCCUUGACUAAUUACCUAGAUUUUAAGAACCUGUUAGGCUAAAAUUUGCCAGUUAAGCCCCUUCUAUAUAAGAACCUGGAUAGCCUAAAAUUUGAAACAGGUUCUUAUUUUCUAAAAUCUAUGAAAAAAUUCUGCACACUUAGGCAAUUAAGAUAAAUCAACAACCAGAAUCCCCUUUGGAGACAUAGGUGCCUUAUCACUCCAACUGCAAUUUAAGCGCCAAUGUUUAAAAAUAAAAAAAAAUUGUUAUUGAUACGAUUACAAAUUAAACAAGUUCUUUUUUUAAUGUUCAUCUUUACAUAACUUCUAAUUUGGUAUGCAGACAAGCUGAACCACCUGGAAGUACUUUUAGCUAUAUAUGAUUUUUGUUUUUUUUUUCUUCAGAAAAUGAGAACCUAUUUAAGAACCUAAAAUAGCCUAAACUUGUGCUAACUACCAUUUAUAUAAGAACCUGUGUAGGCCAUUUUGGAAAAAUCCUGGUUCUUAGUUGUGGGGUUUUACUGUGCUUCAACCUUACAUUUGCACCAAUAACGUUUUGAGGAAUUUUCAACAAUAUUGAGUCUUCUUAAUGAAGGAUCCAUUCACUUUUCUGGGGGCAGUUGUUACUCUAGCCUGUAUGUUAUGAGAUGGGUCUUUGGUUCAUUUCUCAAACAUGCCUCUUGGUAUGUCACUUGUCAGAAUUUAAUGCAAAUAGCACUUUAAAAAAAAUAUCUGAAUUGUCUUUCAGAGGGUUGGAGUAUAAGACGUAGUGAAUUACAGCUUGGGAAGUCCAUUGGGAAGGGAGAGUUCGGAGGUGAGAAUAAUAUUAUAAUUUGCUCUACUUUACUGAAAAUCCCUUAUUAAGAACAAUGUGUGGUUCCAGAAAAUAUCCAUACCCCCACCACGAAAGACUCUUUGAUUUGCACCCCCCCCACACCCCAGGUUUUUCCGUUCCAGGGGUUCUUUGAUGACCCCCCCCCCUCCCCCCAGGAAUUUCCAGAAUUUUUAAAUGGGGACUUCGCUUACCACACUUUGGAAAUUCAAAGUAGUUUGGGCACUUAAAAACACUAACUCAGUUAUGAAAAUACGGGAGAAUUUUAUUACAACAGUGCAGCGUAAACGUUUGUUAAGUUUAUUACUCAGCCAAACUUUUAGCUUUUUCGCCAUCACGUUUGCAAAUUAUGUCUGUGUUGUUUUUCUGUAAGCUUAUAAAUUAAGCUUAAACAUUUGGUUUGCAAAGUUUAAACGUCGAUUGUUCUACGUUUUUGUGUUUACUGUGACCUUAACGUUAUGAAGAGAACGUAAGUUUCACCCGCUUAAACAACUUUGCAAACGGUAGCAAGAAAAACCCAGAAACUUACAAGGUUCCUGUCUGGCUGUUUAUAUUUCUACAGAUUUUGUCAGUUUCUUCAGGUUGACUUUUAUUUAAGGGCCGAAAACUUCACCAACAUACUGUACAUGCCAAUGCGCUAGAUUUCGUGAACGUCGUCACGAUUGCAGAAUUUACUAGCCAGGUAGCCGGGCCUUGUGAAGGUCGAGCGAGAAAUGGGAACGAAAGUAUUCUCAUCGCAUUUUUCAUGAGUUUCCACCCACAAUAAACACUGAUAAAACAUGAAACCUAUCAAAAAUGUGUGUCCUGCAUGUCAAGGUAGCGAAAAGGGAUACUCAGUGAACAGAAGUGAAAGUACUUUAAUGUUGGUCGGACGAAAACGAGACGAAGACAAGACUCCAGUUAUGUCCGCCAUUUUCAAUCGUUUUCGACUUCGUUCCAAAGACACAUCGUUCUUCUGGAGAUUGUAGUGCUAGCUAACUCAAAGAAAAACAGAAACAUUAAAGCUAAUGAUGCUAACCUCAUGUCAAUGGCCAGGAGUACCGACUUCUUUUUCAAAACAACGUACGUAGGUAUGUUUUUGUGCUUCAGAUCGAUCGUACGUUGCUUUCAAUGUUUUGUACAUGGUCUGUCACCCCUUGGAAAAUAGUUUCCCAUGAACCCCCCAUACCCCUCGGAAAUUACUGCCUUUGAACCCCCCCCCCCCCCCCCCCCCAAUUUCCAAUGGUCUUCCAUGGGGGGGUAUGGAUAUUUUCUGGAACCACACAAUCACGUUAUUUGUUUCAAACCAUCAUGUAUUCAUUCAAGAGCAAAAAACUUUAACUUUCAGGGGCCUUCAGGUUACCAUGGCUGGCGGUCACUGCAGCCCAGCUAUGAGCUAAUCUCAUGCAGGGCUUUCAGGGCACCCGUCGCAGUACUUUGUUCAAACAAUGGGAAAAAAGGCUGGUUUGGGAGGGGAGGGGUAAAAAGUAAACUGCUGAAUGUUCCAGACACUCUGCAGAAAAUCUGUCUUGCUUGAAUAUCCUAAAAUAUGCUUCAUACUGCUGUUAUAUGGGGUGGUCAGUGUCUGCACUACCAUUCUCCUACUGUUGACUACCCUGACAACAUGCAAGCUGCUCUUUGCUGUCAACUUAGUACAUUCUGUAAUUUAUGUUGCAUUUAAAAAGGAAUACUUUCCUUCUGUUAUCUCCAGAUGUCCUUCAAGGUGUUUAUAGGGGUCAGAAAGUGGCAGUUAAGUCGCUGCUGGAUGACAGUCAUGCUGCACAAUCAUUUCUAACUGAAGCUUCUAUUAUGACGUAUGUUUGAAUCUCACAAUAGUUUACGUUUUAUUGUUAUUGUUAGUUGUGUUGAAAUAGAAGCUAUAGUCGGACUUAGUUUUGCAUAUAUGAUGACAGAGAUAAUUCGGAUUUAAUUUGUUCCUAUGAGAAAUUAUAUGGAUAACAAUUUUUUUUUUGUGCAUUUUGAAAUACCCAUCUUUUCGACCCAUCCUCUUCCUAGACCUGCAGGAAGGUGUGAUUCUUGUAACUAGGUUAAGGUAUUGUAUCUUAAACAGAACAUACUUGUAGGAAUGUUACAAUGUAAUUUGGAAGAUAAUAACCGGUAUCUCAAUCAACAGGAACUUAAGCCAUAAGAAUCUGGUGAAAUUACUUGGAGUGUCUUUGGAUGGAAACCCAAUUUACAUUGUUACAGAAUACUGUGGAAAGGUAAGCAAAAUGACAAAAGUGUUAUGCCUUUCUAUACAAGUGACAGCUCAUUUGCCAAUAAUAACUGAACAAGAUAGUACAUCAGAUUUUCAGAAAGAUAAACUUGGAGGUCAUCUUUGGAAAAUUUUUUAACCCUUUGAGUCCCAAUGGUGACCAACAUCAAUUUUCUCCUAACGAUAUCCAUACAAUGUCAAGAGAUAAGUUUAUGAGAAUUAAUAAAAUGAAUGAUCACCAAAGAGAAAAUGCCUUGAUCUUUUAUCAAAUCCUCUCAACUCAUUCUUUAAGGAAAUGUAUAGAGAUCAGUUUGGAGAAUUUGUAUGUGGAUAUUGGGGUUUAACAAAAAUGAAAUCCUUUUGAUUACUGUUACUUGACUGUAAGUUUGUGAAAUUCUCACACAAAACAAGAGAAGAGACACUUACAUGUAGGAACUACAUGUAGCUCAUUCCAUGUGCAACCUUUACAGUGCCUGUACAUGUGUAAGUCUACUGAAGUUUGCUUGUUCUUUGUGGUAAGCUUAGGGCGGAAAUACUUUUUCUUUUAAAAUGGACUUUAUUCAAACAAAUCAGAAAGGUUGUCAGCCCUUCAUUAUAUUGACUUUCAAUUUCGCUAAGUACAUAACCCUACAGAUCUUCAACUUCAAAAAGAUGGUCUUUCAUGGUAUUUGAUCUGUCCAGUGAUCAUAUCUGAUUGCAUUUGGGAUUUUGUUGGAUGUUGGGUAUAUUGUAGUUGGACAUUGUCUAAUGACUGACUGUUAGUUUUAUCUCUGAAGCUUAGUUUUGGCUAUGUAUUUGCAGCAAGCAAAUACAAAGGUCAGCUCUCAAAUUACAACUUAAAAUCCCCUCUUGAAUCUUGUAAUCUACAGUGCUAUUUAUUUUGAUUGCAGCUUCCAUUAAUGUUCUUUCUUCUAUCUGUUACUAGGGAAGCUUAGUAGAAUAUUUGAGAACCAGAGGAAGGACUGUCAUUGGGCAAAAGGAACUUGUGGGAUUUGCAAGGUAGGACUACAUUAAAAUUUGAGACUCUGAUCAUUGCAAAGAUCUGACAUUUUGGCCAUGAAGUUUGCUUAUCCAGAAGAAACAAGCUCUUGCUGUAAGUUUCGUCCCAGUGCUGAUGCCGUUAUCCCUGGUCCUUUUAGAGUCAUCUGAGAAAAAGCGGCAUCAUCUUGUCGUGAAAGGGACCCCAAAUAUUAAUUUAAAUAAACAGCUAAUUCCUGCAUUAAAAAAAAGGUCAUUUCAUCUUGAUCAGGAAAAAGAUAAUAGAAUAAUCUCACUACUUUUUGUAGAAUCUCCCAAUGUUUUUUUUUUUUUCAUUAGUCUCCAGAUUUUUCUUUAUGAGGGUUUGGCAGAUCUGUAGUGGGUAAUGUACACUAGGAAAGUCCAGUCUGUCUGCCUCUAAGUAAACUACAUGUAAGGGGACAUUGUCAAAACUAAAAAGAUCUACCAAAACAUUUGGUACAUUCUGGCGCUUUUAUCAGGUGCAGUUUUCAUGCCCUGCUAUUUCAGACCAUCAAGGUUCAAGAACCAUACCCUUUGGCAGAGUACCUACCCACCCUCCUACCUACCUAUCUGAUUUGUGGUGUGACUGUUCAAAUGAAACUUCUUCUGUCACUAAAAUACGUGAACAUGAGGUCAUUUGAUUUUCUUUGGUGGUCAUUCCCUCUAUUUUAUGUUCUCUUUUUUUUUUAGCUUAAAAGCCAAAUGUUUAGUUUUUGAUUGAUUUGUUUUUUUUGCCAUAAUUUAAUUUUCUCAGGGAUGUAGCAGCUGGAAUGCAGUAUCUAGAAUCGAAGCAUUUAGUUCACAGGUACAUGAUCCAGUACAUUAGAGACAUAAACAAGAAACAUGUUAUUUUGAAAUUGACAAGAUGAUAAUUAGAACAUCGCUAACAGUAGAAACUAUUGUCAAAUCUUACAUGUAUAAUUAUUAGAAUGAUGACAGAACUCACCUCCUUUAAUUUUAUUAUUCUGAAAUGUUCUAUUAUGAAUGAGAACACAAAGUCUUUUGUUAUACUAAAUAAAUAAUUAUUGUAGGAUUGACCUUGCUUUAUCUUGCAAUUAAGUGUACUUCUUGAUAGGUGAGCUUUCUUUUGCCUAAUUGCUAAAAUCUGUCAUAUGAUGUAAACAUUUCCCUUUGUACCAUAAGCGUCAGCUGUAUACACAUUUCUCACCGUUUGAACUUUUUGACUUUAGGGAUUUGGCUGCCAGGAAUGUCUUAGUACAUGACGAUGGAACAGCCAAGGUACCUGCAAUAAUAAUUAUAUUAUGUCAUUAUCUGACAUACCUGCUUCAAUUUACUCAAACUGCACUGAUACCAAGUAUACAAUGAACCACAUGAUAUUCUGAAUGUAAUAAUUAAAAUAGUUUCUACAUUUAUUAGCAUCUAAGAUAGUGAGAAAUUUAAAUCUCUGCUGCAUCUCUUUUUGUAACCAAGCUUGUAACAAUUUAAGGAUGGCUUUUUCCAUAUUCUCUAGAUGUUGUUUUCCAGGUUAAAAUUUCUUUGCUUCAAAGUCAACUGUAACUGUUUUUAUUAAUGAUAGGUGUCAGAUUUUGGACUUGCAAGAGAAGCUAACUUCAACUUAGAAGGAGGAAAGUUUCCAAUAAAGUGGACAGCCCCUGAAGCUAUAAAACAUAAAGUAGGUUUAAUUGAAUUGAAUUACCGAUAAACCAGGUGGUUCUUGUACACCUCAUGUUUGUGAGUUGUAGUUUUGGGGCAUUUUUCUUUUGCGCUUGUUUUUGUCGAAUGCAGCUUUUAUUCUAUGCUUGAUUUGCUCAGUAAUGACAAACAACAGAUAAAACCUCACAAUGGAGAUCAUUAACGACUGAUAACUAAUAGGGUAACAAAUUAUUUAAUUCACCUUGACAUCUAUAAUGAAGAUCUCCAUGCAGAUUGUCCAGUCAUUUCAUAACUACAUUCAUGAGUACAGGAAUAUGUUAUGCAACGCGCGUAUGAUUGUUUGCAAAGAAUACUUAAAAAUGAUUAGCACCAAAAUUAUAGUAAUUGCUAUAAUUGUUUAUUACUUCUAAAGUAUUAACUUGAUAUCAUAUUAUUAUUAUGAAGUUGAUAAAGAGCAUCAAAAAAUUUUUGAUGUACAUUUGUAGGAAGCUGAGGAUGAAAAAGUAGAGAAAAUUAAUGUAAAAAUAUCACAACUGCCAUUCACAUAAUUUCUUUCACUCUAUUUUUUUUGCAUCCUCAGCAAUUUUCUACACAGUCAGAUGUUUGGAGUUAUGGCAUAUUGUUGUGGGAGUUAUUCUCAUUUGGUAGAACACCAUACCCUAGAGUGGUAAGUCAUGCAGACUCAUUUUGUGUGCUUGAUAAUGUGAAAGCGACAUAACACAUCAUAGAGGAGGAAGCCUCUUCAUCAAAAUGUUAGAACAAGAAUUUCCUCUGUCAAUCUUUAGAUUAAUGCCAUCUAUCCAAAAUGUAAAGACUGUGGAAAUUAAUUUAUUUCACAGAACAAAUUGAAACUUUUCUUGACGAUUUGACAACAUCACAGUAUCUUUUCAAGAUGAAAACCUCAGUCAGACAGAUGACCAUGCUGGCUCAUGACAGGAGACUGAGCAAUGAGGGUAUGACCUCACAGCCUCAUUGGCGGUUGAGAGCUGGGUGCAUUCAGUGUAUUUUGAGGGAUUUCCUGAUCUUCCUUGGAACUAAAUAAGGUCACUCUCUUGCAAGAGGCAAUGUGAUGUUAUGGAAGUUUCACUUUGUUCUUGUGGAGGAAAUUCAUUUUUGCCCCAUGGAUUCAGAAACCAACAAUUUUUAUGCACAAUGUACAGACUGUGAGUGGGGACAAGCUCUCCAACUAUGGCAAGUCGAGCAACCCACGAGAGAACAGUGAGGGGAGGCAGUGAGGGGUGGAGGAAAGGAGAGCUUGCAAUGAUCUCUUAUAAAUGUUCAUUUCUGUUUUGCCCUGAAGAAGCAAACUACCAGUGGCUGAACAAUGAUGCACUGUCAAUUUUUGCUAAUUUUGAUUUAUGUAUUUCCUGGCUUACCUGCCAAAAAUUUUUGCAGUUUAUUUUUGGCGUACUGGUUUUUCCUUACGGUUCAGUUUGGAUAUCAAGCUGGCAGAUUAUAUAAACCAGCAAAUGAGAUCGCUGAGUAGGGGUUUCUAGGAAAACGUAUUAUGAUAGUGUUUGUUGUGUUUGUGAGUUUCCCCACAAUGAAAUCAUUAUUAAUUUUUCAUAUCCAAGAGCAGGCUCCUCACGGGGUCCAAAGAAACUCAGUUUUACAGCUUGCCAUUUGGGCAAGCUGUAGCUUGCAUGACUAGCCCAAAAGCUAUUUCAAGUGGAGAGCUUGCUCGCAGGCUAGUAGUGAUCUUUCGUAGACCUAUGCAGCAAAGGAAAGGAAGAGGUUUCUAGCCAGAGUUAAUAUGUGAUUUUUUUAUGUAGAUAGGUCAUAGGGCAAGGCAUUUGCUCCAAGAGGUGGUAGACGCCAAAUUCACCAAGCUCCUUUCACUAAUAUUUGGAUUAUUAUUUUUCAGCACAUUGACAGUGUUAUGGACAAGAUUGAAGGAGGAUAUCGGAUGGAAUGUCCAGAUGGCUGUCCUCAGCGAGUUUACAGUGUGAUGAGAGAGUGCUGGGAAAUUGAUCCAAAGCAGAGACCAUCCUUUAAGACAAUAUAUUCAGAACUAGAUCAAAUCUACAGAUCAUUUCUACCGGUUGGUUAG